GGUCGUUUUACCGUGACGUGCCACUUUGUGGAGUUAUACUUAAUAUUUUCUUUUUGAAUGUGGCCUUAACAUAGUAUUUAUUUUAGUAUUAAUACUGCUGCUAUUUUAGUAUAUUACAAUAUGACAUGUAGCGUCUGACUGACGUAUGAGAAAUACAAGGAGUGAUUGCGUCACAUGCGGCGUCUGUCUACUUCCUGGUCAGCGUGUACUUUGUCAACAAAGCACCGUGUUGACUGCCGUGGACGAUUUCUUUUCUGUUGGACCUCGCUACACUUGUGUUCACAAUGUCGAUGUCCACGCUGUUAGCGAUCCUCCUAGUUCCGCUUUGUUGGCUGUUCUUGGUCCUGGAGGCAGGCGACGCCAGCGGCAGCGUUACAGAACCCAAACCCUCUGUGAACCACACCAGUGGGCAGAACCAAAGUAGCGGUGGCGUGAAGAACCACGCAGGUCUGUUCAAUGGGCUCAACGUGGACAGUUCGAUGAUCCAGCGCGCCUUGUAUGUCCUCAUCGGUAUCACCGGCUUCGGAGUGCUCUACUUCCUCAUCCGGGCUGUGCGGCUGAAGAAGCCCUCCCACAGGAAGAAGUACGGCCUGCUGGCUCACUCGGAGGACUCAUUGGAGAUGGAUGCGGUGGAGAGCGAUGAGGACAACACUUUGUAUGAAGCUCGUGUACUCCGCAGAUGAGCACCGUGCUGAUGACGGUGACGAUGAUGAUGAUGACAUCCGAAGAGCAAACAAGGACCAAACACCAAAGAAGUAUUUUUCGAACAUGUGUUGAUGACGUUAUGAUGUUUUUUUCUGGCCUGGAAGCUGAACAAGGAGGAAGAGCUAGCUCACUCACACGUCCUGUUCUGAUGACUUGUGAUUGGUCCAAAAGAGUCAUGUGGUUGUGCCAUAUGUUGCUAGCAGCUCGGAUGCUACAUCAUGGAUAAUGUUGUGUAGAACAUUCCAGUCAUUUGUUCUCACUAAAACAAUCAAAUUAGUCUUUUUCCGACUGGGGUGGGAAGGGCUAUAAGGACCCCCAGAUGUGAUACUGACGCUGACCAGCAGGUGUCACCAUGACCAAAAUGUUUGAAUUUAAAUUAUUUCCUGACUAAUUACUGCUUUUGUAAAUGAAUAUAAUAAAGUUUAUUCAUUGUUA